AUGGCGCCACCUGUGUGCGCCCGGCACACGGCUGCCGCCACGUCUUCCACCGUGGCUGCCUCAACUGCUGGGCUGCGCACGGCCACCGCCCUCCCCGCUCUGCCGCGCGCCCUUCCUACGAGUCUUCUUCUCCGACGACCAUACCGGCCAGUGAAUGGGGUACCCCCCGCGCCGGUGUACGCGGAGGUGCCGAGGCUGCUGCUCAACCUCGUCUUCCUGCUCGAUCACCUCCCCCGCCUCUCCUCCUGGCUGCUCUGCCUCGUAGGCACCGGCACCGACGAUGACCUCAGCUUCCACUACUCCACUGCCUCGAGGCACCACCAGGAGCGGCACCACGAAGACCACUGCCUCAAGGAGCUGGAGGAGCACGCCCUGGCCGUGCGCUUCGACGUGCUCUCAGCAUCCGUCGCCGGAGACGACUCGCCACUCCUCCCUGAAGGCUGUGCGGUGUCCCUUGCUGACUUCCAUGGCGCCGCGUGCGUGCGCCGGCCGCAGGGGUGCUUCCACGUCUUCCACCGUGGCUGCCUCGGCCGCUGGGCUGCGCAUGGCCACGGCACCUGCCCGCAAUGUCGCGCGCCCUUCCUCCCGCCUUUCCUCCGGCCCUGGCCACUCCGGGGCACAAAACAUAAACAGCUACCUGCUACGUCUUGUUUAGUUGCCGUGCGUGACGCGUAUUCCUCACUGAGCUAUAUAAUUAUGCAGAGCUAG